AUGGCUUUUUCUAGUAGUAAGUCUGUACUUGUUUCAUUACUCUUGGUGGUGUUCCUCGUGAUCAAUAUCGAACCAUCAUUGAGUCAAAGCACACAGCAAAUAAUCGAGAAGAUAUGCCGGAGCACAGAGGACUAUGGCUAUUGCAGGAAAACUUUCCAAGCACACUUAAAGGCCCCGAAUUCUGAUAUAGUUGCCAUAACCCAGAUAACCGUAGAGGUAGCAGUAGACCACGCCACCAAAACUCACCAGUUUAUCAGGCAGACCCUUGAAACAACAAAAGACGCGAAUCUGAAAAGGGGACUUUCCGAGUGUGAGGAAGCUUAUCGUCUAAUCGUGCAGGCAUUUGACUCGGCAGCAGUCUCAUUUUUCCAGAGAGAUUACGACGGUGUGUAUAAGGAUGAGCGCAUAACACCGCGAGUAGAAUCGAGCUGCGAAGACACACUGGCUACGCCGCCUGUUAGCCCCCAGAGACACAUUCUUGACGAUAGAAGCAAGGGAAUGAGGAUUUUCAUCGUCAUGGCUAUGAAUGCAGUGCAGGAUCUGCUUAAUUCAAGGUCUGAGGCACCUGCCGCUGCACCUGCUGCUGCACCUGCUCUGCUGUAA